GGGCAGUUUCCUGCUCCCUCUCUGCAGCAGGGAUGGUGGCAGUGGCGAUGGUGAUGGGUGUCUCUCUGUCCCUGCAGAGCUCUGUUUGGCACUGCCGCUGCCAUCAGCCUGCCACGCUGGGCAUGUGUGUGGGAAUGGGAUCUGCCACUUUGCUGCCUCUUCCUACCACCCUCCUAGGCUCCACUUGGCUUGGCUGGACUCACUUGGGAUCAGUGUCACCACUCUGGCUUGCCUGGUUCUGCUGGAGUGGAAAAACAGUCCCACAUGCCACCCUGGCCCUGAUGGUUUCAGCUGUGUGUCAGAGCUGCCACUUCUGUGACACCCAUCUCAGCCCCGCCUCCUGAGCAAUAUUGUGGAAGGAGAAAAAUGGGGGGAAAAAUGGUGGUGGUGCUUUGGUCCCAAGGCCUCCCUGUUAGAGUGAGUCAGACAGAACGAUCCUCCUUGCAUUUGCUGUCAUGGCAUUUCCCUGCUGUGGGAAUGCCAUUUCCCAUGGCUAUGAUGUAAAAUGUUUUGAAUAUAUAGUAUUCAAUAAUAUAAUACACACAUAUAUAUAUAUAGAUAUAUAUGUGUAUAUAUAAAUAAAAUAUAUAUACAGAAAGAUCCAUGACCAUGUCUCUGUACCUACGAAAAACCUCUAAAUGUAAUUAAAGUAGUGCUUCUCCUUGUUUUCUGAUUUCUAGAACAAAGGAACAAGCUUUCUGGUUUUUGCUCAGCAGAAAUAGUGGUCAAAGACCACUACUGCGGCUCCUCACAUCCUGGUCCCUUCUCAGUGCUCAGCUUCUCGGUGUGGGCUUAGGGGCUCAGUGUGUUUCUGCUCUUACAUGCCUUGAGCAACAGGUGAUGGACUAGGAGGGCUUUGUGUGUUGCUUUGUAGCAGAGGAGAACUUUGCAGGAUUUUUUUGGCAUUAGGUGUAGAGCAGGUCUGGUUCUAUGCAUGAAUUCACAAUCCAGCCUAGGGCGCUGCUAUUGUGAUGUCAGCGGCCGCAUCCCGGCGUUGUCAAGGCAAAGUUGCUGUGCCGAGGCCCGGAAGGGCUCAGUGUGCAGAGCAGCUCUGUGGCACGCUCACUGCAGGCGAACCUGCUGAUCGACGAGGUCUCUGCCUGCAGGACUCGGAAUAUUUUUGUUUUUUCCCACAGGCGUUGUCUGGUACAGACUUGAGCAGCGCUGCUCAAGCCAUGGAGGGAGUGUGUGCUGCAGUUUGCGCAGCUUUUUCCGUGGCUUAUUCUGGGUACUUUCUCACCCACCUGGCACGUCACAUCACCCGUGCCUGGAGAGAAUCCGGUCUUUGGAGCCCAACACCAACCUCGGAGGAUCCUCUGGCUGCAUGUCUUCCUGCAGAAGAGGCCAAAGAAGAGGAAGAUGCUCCCCAAACUGCGCCUGCUGCCACUGCAGGGCCUGAGCAUCCAGCAUCAAGCACAAGGGCAGCGUCAGCACCUGCUCUGGCAGCCUCUGUACCUGAGGAAGAGGCUGAAGAGGAGGAAGGUGCCAAUGAACCUGGCCCUGCUGUCAGCCCACAGCCGGAGCAAACAACACCAAGCUCCACCUCCUCUGUCCUGGCACCUGCACGAGCUGCAGCUGAAGGCUCGGGAGAAGGCUCCAGUGCCCAGGCUGGAAGCUCAAGCACGAGCAGCUCGUGCACCUGGAGCACGACCAGCUCAUCUGGCAGCAGAGAGCAGCAGCGAGAGAGGACAGAGGACAAGUACCUGGCCAUGCUGAAGAUGCUGGUGAGCGAGGGAGAUCCUGAGGCUAAAUACACAGAACUGGAAACUCUUGGCAAAGGGGGUUUCGGCACUGUGUGCAUGGCAGUGGAGACUGCCACAGGAGAAGAGGUGGCCAUCAAGAAAAUUAGUCUCCUGCAAGAGAGCAGCAGUGAGCUGUGCCUGAAUGAAAUCCAGGUCAUGCAUGGCAGUAAGAAUGCCAACCUUGUGAACUAUGUAGACAGCUACCUGGUGGACGAGGAACUCUGGCUGGUGAUGGAAUACAUGGAUGGAGGUUCUUUACACGAUGUCAUCAGGGAGACUCGCAUGGCAGAAGGAGAGAUAGCAGCUGUCUCUCGGGAGUGCCUGCAAGGCCUGGAUUUCCUUCACUCCAAGCAAGUGAUCCACCGAGAUAUCAAAAGCCACAACAUUCUCCUGGGCUUGGAUGGAUCAGUCAAGUUGGCUGAUUUUGGCCUUGCUGCUCAGCUCACCACAGAGCAGAACAAACGGAGAUCAGCUGUUGGGACUACUUACUGGAUGGCGCCAGAAGUUUUCACCAGGAAGCCCUACGGCCCCAAAGUGGACAUCUGGUCCUUUGGCAUUGUGGGGAUCGAGAUGGUGGAAGGAGCGCCUCCGUACCUGAUGAAAACCUCCCGCACGGUUCAACAGCUGAUAAGCACCGGGGCCCCCCCGAAGCUGCAGAAGCCCAGGCAGCAGUCGGCGUGGCUGCGAGACUUUCUGCACUGCUGCCUGGAGAGGGACGAGGACAGGCGCUGGUCUGCCCAGGAACUUCUGCAGCUCUUGGGAAAGGUUGGGAGCGUCUGUGUUGCUGUGGGCAGAGGGGGAGAGAGCCGGGCUUCUCCACAGGCUCAGGCGCAGGUGAGUGUCCAGUGGGAAGACAAGUUCUGCCACGGGAACUGA